GGAUUCAGAGAUUGUUGCGGGUUGACCUUGCAGUGACAGCUUCCCUUCGCUCACUAUCAUCCCCAGAGUUGCUCUUUCUCGCAGCCAGGAGACGGAGGUCAACUACUACUUCGUAGUUUUCGCGUCAGGCUUCAUUUCGACAUGCGCGAUAUUUAGUGUGGGCCAUUGAAGCUCUAGGUGAGUGAACUGCUUAACAGCCCGUGAGUACGUCUCGAUUCAGUGGCUCCUUCGAUACGUUGAAGUUCCCGUUGGUCAAGACGCGAAGAAUCGUCAGGAGGGACAUUGAUACGACGCUGUACUAUAUUUGGACUCUCGAGCGUCGAGUACAGGUACAAUCCUGCCCUUUGUUUCCCAGAUAUUAUGUACAUGACAAUCCAGUGUUUGGGUGCAGCAAUCAUCCAUUUUAGAACAUAUCUUCGCAGCACUCUCACUUGAGCACGUGACAGUGGUCUCUUGGCGAUGCAGUUGCCAUCCGUAGCUGGUGAGGACAGUUUGUUUGAUGUGAUUUGGCUGUCAUGCUACAAUCCGAUUUAUCGAUUCUUCCUGCUAUAUAUGCCCUCACACACCAAACGUUACCCACACUUUGGCAUGAAGUGCGAGAGCUUAUGGCUAUAUAUGUCUGCAAGGUUGAUGACAUUGUGUGUAACAGAAUAGUAACGCAGGUCUGGACCCUCACUGGCCCCUGUGUAAAACGUCGUUUCACGAUUUCAGAAGUACGUGACGUUCUGGUCGCUAAUGUGUUGCGCGACCCUGCAAGAAGCCGACUACCUUUAGUUUUGGCCAAUCACUUUUUGCUCAUCUAACACCAUGACGGGGCUGCUUCCCUAUUCAAAAUUGGCAAAUGCUUUCAGAUAACAAGAUUCAAUCUAUGACAUGCUUCUAGAUGCAACUGACGAAAGAAAAGGAUGAAGAUAUCAAGGUCUGUUGUGUAGGGACAUAUUAUAAGGUGAUGGUAUCCACGAAUGGUGAAUGAUAUGACCACGACUUCAGCAAGAUAGAAGGUGAGGGUAGGCAUGUACAAGACGAUAAAUCGCAGCUCUCAUGUAGAUUCGAGCUUCUCAUCUUCUUCUUCUCAGAACUUCAUGGGGCAUUCAAAUCCUUUUGGUUAUUUCGCUGUGCUGGAGAACAAGCUUUGCCCCCAAAUGCAGUGUGGAUGAAUAGUUGCACGUAAGUACACCUUGAUUAUAUAUUCGAUCAUUGCGCGCUCCGAAUGUCAACCUUUCAGCCAUCUAAGUACCGAUAACCACAAAGGCGGCCCAAACUUACUUACCUUUCAGCGUCUUCCUACCCUUUUUAGUGACUCUACUAGCUUACCCUUUGGAUAAGGGUGUAUAGUGGAGGAGAUUUUGGCAAUCUCACGGGAUCGGAGCGCCACUGACAGGCUUUCUUCCUUGAGGUUUGGAUACUGGUAACAGAAUCUAAAAGCGCACGUUCAUCUGUCUUCAGCGAGAGCUUCUUGCAGUUUAUGUAGCCAACACGUUGCGCUUAGUGGAACAUGUGGGAAUUUUUCUGGUUACUCACGACAAGGAAUGUCUCUCUAAAUCAGGUCAAGUACAUCCCCUCUGACAGGACUAGAUCAGCUCAGGACGACUUUGGGUCCUCUCCUCCACUUGUAUGAGCACGAUGCUCUCAGAACAUAGCCAACGCAGUGGAGAUAAACAAAAGUCAAGUAAAAUACAAUAAAGGAUGAGACGACCCCGUAAAUGGAUGAAUUCCAACGGGUAACAUGGGACUAGACCCAGUAGCAGCACUGGAUAGCCACAUUAGCACUUCGUCUUCCGCAUAGGACAUGAUUUACUGUGCGACCGAGCGGCCCAGGCUGAAGGUUCACGCAUCUGGUCCACAUCUUGAUCUCUGACCCGUCUUCACGGAUCUGUCAUCUUCUCAGUGAGCGGGUAAACUCGUCUAAGGUUUGAAGGCCGUCGAACCGUGUCCACAUAUGUUGUACUUAUUCGAGUAAACUCGGUGGACCUUUGGCUUAACUCGAAUCGCCUUCUUCCAGCUCCAAGGAAUGAUAUAGACCGCUCCAGUAGCAGAGAGCGUUAAAUACUGUUGCAAACAUUUAUGGACAUCUGCUGUCGGUGCUCAACAGGAGGGGAUGGAUAACGGGUGCCUCCUGAGUCCGACGGUCUUUGGAGCUCCAGUUGCUAACCCCACCGUACAGUGUGUGCGGAGCUAGCUCUGUAGUAACAAGAAUUCCUCCCUGCGUCUAGUUCCAAGUUGAGGUUGGAAAGAAGUGGCGGAUAACAAAAGGCAGGUAAGCAGGCAUCUCGGUUUUCUAGAUCUUAGCUUGAAGGUCCCAAACGCUUUAAGGAGCCGAUGGUCUAACAAUGUUACAGUAUUAGCGUAGUUCAGACUGGCCUUCUAUGUUCAUAGGAGGCGACACCCGCACAUGGGACAGCUACACCACAUUUCUGUAACUAUGUCACAACAGUAGUGUCAUGUCAGGUCAACAUGAGAAGUGAAUACUGGUCCAUCUAUUUCGAUGAGACUUUCCGAACUGCAGAAGUUGGCCGAGAUGGUUAAGGUGAGCUCCACACCUUGACCCAGCUGACAGGAAGGCCAAAGAGGAUCAAAUUUUGCAAGGUGAUUCGCACGCAAAUUUACAUGCUCUUGACC